AUGGCUCAUGUUUAUGACAACUGGGAAAGGCUUGUCCGAGCCACGCUGCGGAUGGAGGAUCUCCGGAUCACCGGUGAAAUGACUCCCAGUGAGGUUUCCUCCAUAUCAUCAUCCCUCUCAUCACCUUCCUUCAAUUCUAGAACUGCGUCAUCUUCCUUCAAAUUUAGUAAUACUGCUGCUGCUUCACCUGUGCAAUUUUCAUCUUUAUACUUGUCCAGCUUUUUGCUGGCAGCGGCGGGACGGGCAUUUGAAUAUGCUGAAAUUCUUGAAGCUACAGAUCGCUUGAGUGAAUCGAAUCUCAUCAAGCGUGGACGCUCCGGGGAUCUGUUUCGUGGUAGGUUGAGAGAUAAAACUAAUGUUGUAGUCAAAAGAAUUGAUUUGUCUUCCUCUGUUGAGAAGCAAGAGAGAUUGGUAACAGAGUUGGGAGUUUUAGGGAAGGUUUCCCAUAAUAGACUGGUUCCUCUGCUGGGGUAUUGCUUGGAGAAUAAGAACAAUGAUGACAGGUUUCUGGUUUACAAGUAUAUGCCUUACAAGGAUUUGUCGAGUUUUCGUGGAUUGGAGAGUGAUGGUAAUGACAGUUCCCAAUCGCUGGAUUUUGUUAGGAGGAUGAAGAUUGCAAUUGGAGCUGCAGAGGGUCUGUGCUACCUACAUCACGAAUGCGUUCCACCUCUUGCUCACAGGGAUAUUCAAGCCAGCAGCAUACUCCUCGAUGAUAGAUUUGAAGUACGUUUAGGAAGCUUAAGUGAUGUCUGUGCUCAAAAGUGGGAGACUGAGAGUCAUAAACAUAUGGUUAGCAAGUUUUUGCGGUUGCCACUGAGAUCUGAUCAAGGUUCAUCUGGUAGCCCAGAGGCUGCAUGGGAGGAUGAUGUCUAUUGCUUUGGGAAGAUUCUGCUUGAGCUUGUUACAGGAAAGCUAGGUAUGAGUGCAUCAUCUAGUGAUGCUGCCAUGAAGGAGUGGUUGGAGCAGACACUACCCUUGAUUAGCAUUUAUGAAAAAGAACUUCUGCCAAUAAUUAUCGAUCCAUCUUUGAUCAUAGACGAAGAUCUAUUGGAGGAAGUAUGGGCUGUGGCUAUAGUUGCUAGGUCUUGCCUCAAUCCUCGACCUUCAAGGCGACCACUGAUGAGAUAUGUUCUUAAAGCUCUGGAAAACCCUCAUGAAGUAUUGAGGGAGCCCAUUGACUCCCUUCUCAUCAGGGUAGAAUGA